GUCCAUUCCUCCUGCUCCGACAACAAGCUUCUCGCCAUCAAUCACGCCCUGUCGGACCUGUAUACCCUCUCUCAUGUGGCCUUAACCGAGCUGCUGGACCCUGCGACGACGAGUGCGUCGCUGCUCGACGGGCCCGAGCAACACCCUCUCCUCACUUCGCUUUACUUUGGCGACGCCAAGCGACCCAACAGCAUGGCCACCGCUGUGGGUUUCUUUACGAUGAUUCUCCUCCGCGACAAACAGGGCCUGCUGCUGCGGUGCGAUGACCCAGACGGCAAGUGCAAGGAGCACAGCGACUGGGCAGGUCACUGGAGGGGAGACGAGAAUCCGGGAGAGACGGUCAUUUGCGACCGCAGCUUUACUGGCCAACAGGAGACGACCACCGACAACGCCAGCACCGGUCCACCGAGGAAAUUCCUCGACGACGUCUGCUUGAACGGAUGGACGCUGUCCGAAAGCCGUCCCGAGGUCUUCUGGUCGACUGACCUCAUCCACCGUUUCCUUCAUCUGCCCUACAUCUCGGGCGGCCAGUCGCUCCAUGCCGCAAAGGCCUACCCCAACGCGCUUCACCUUGGACGACUCGAGCCAGAGCUGGCAGCGAUGAAUGUGGCCAACCUGCAGUACUUUGCGCUGGAUGUCUAUGCU